AUGUUCUUUGCGUUUGGAAAUCUAAUCUACAUCUCUGUGUUACUCGUGAACGCGAUAGCGAUACUGUCUGAAGAUCGAUUUCUCGCGCGGGUGGGAUGGUCAAACACAGUCUCCGAGCCCGCAUUUGGGGCAGGCAGCGCAGGCGAUGCGAGCAUAAAGAACAAGCUAAUAAACCUGACGACUAGUGUGAGGACAUUGAUGCGGAUACCGUUGAUUGUGAUAAAUUCGAUUUUGAUUGUGUAUGAGGUGAUACUUGGGUAA